ACUGUAUAGGAGACAAUUGAGUCACAGGUUUGCGUCAAUUACAAUUUCAAAUAAAUUUAAUCGUUUCACAAACAUCACUUAAAAAAAAAAAAAAGUAAGAACGCAUAAAUAAUUAACUUGUAUAAUAUAAAGUAGAUAAAGACAAGUUUACCUUCAGACUGCUUGUGGAUAGAAGGAAACCUUGUCGAUAACUUACACAACCAUGAAGAUCAUCCUUCCGAUUUUGCUUUGUUUAUCAGUGGUGCUGGUACCUACUUACCAGAAAGAUUGUCACACGGAACAAUUAAAUAAUUGUUUCAUGCCGACAAUGGUAGCAGCCAGCAGAAAUUUGAUACCAGUCGACCAGAAAGCUUUAGAUAAGAGAUGCGAUAUGAUAAAUAAGAGUUACGACUGCUUAAACGAAUAUAUGGAAAGAUGCGUUGCUGAUAUUCACUCCAUGAUAUACGGUUUGGCGGCAGAUCAUUGUGAUUUAAUAACCAAAGAAUGGUGUGAUAAAGGAAGUCAAUUUCAGAAAGAAUUUCUGAAAAUUGCACCUUGCUUAUCUGAUGCAGUGAAGAACACUCAUCGGGUGUGUAUGAAAGAUUUGCCAAAUAUUAUAAAUCAAUUUAUGGGAGAUGAUGUGGAAUCUCGAAUUCCUGCUGGUUGUUGUUACUUCAUGCAGUUCUAUGAUUGUUUUUACGAGCAAGUGGAUAAAUCCUGCGGAAGGGAUGCUUUCCCUACAGUACGGAAGGCUUCGGAUAUGAUGGGAAUGGUCAUGACACACAAUUUCUGUUCCUCUUAUGAUCCAACGAGCGAUGAAUGUACAGAACUCUUGAGCAGAAAUGUCACAUCUCCAUCACCAAAAUAUUCUUAUCUGGCCAGAUUUGCCAUCGCCAUGUUGAAGCAUCGCAAUUAAAUAAUGUUAAUUUUUACUCUUGUAUUUUUGGGGGUUUUUGUAGAUUACAUUUAAAGAUUAAUUUUGUUUAGAAAUUUCUGGUUUGUAUUUGAAAUAUUCCAAUA